AUGCCUCCAAGAAGGAACGACGCUGCAAGAGUCAAUGUCAACAGGGACGAUCAAAUGGUUGAAGCAAUCAAUCACAUGGUUGCUUCUGUUGUUGCACAUACAAUUGCAAAGACUCUGCAGGAUCUGGAGAAGAGCGAAAGAGAGAUCUGUGCUGCUGAAUCCAGCAGAUUGGAAGAUUUUCGUCGUUAUAAUCCUCCAAAGUUCAAGGGUGAUGAGAUCCCGGAAAAAGCUGAUCAAUGGAUUCAAGAAGUGGAAAAGAUCUUCGAAAUGAUUAAUUUUCAGGCAAUGGUCAAGGUCAACUAUGUUACGUAUCUGCUACUAGGGGAUGCCGAAUAUUGGUGGAGAAGUACAAGGCUUCUAAUGGGAUCAGCUCACAAAGAGGAAAAUAUGACAGUGGGUGAGUACGCUGCCAAGUUUGAGUCAUUGUCAAGGCAUUUUAGGUUUUUCCGUGAAGAGGUUGAUGAACAAUUUAUGUGUCACCGUUUCCAAAAGGGACUGAAGUUUGAGAUUCAAGACUCCGUCUUGCCAUUAGGAAUUCAACGUUUCCAAGUCUUAGUUGAGAAAUGUAGAGAAGUUGAGGACAUGAAGAACAAGAGGGCCAACCGAGGAGGGAACUUUAGUUCCGGGGGACUUAGUCGGGUGAACCAUCCUGACAACAAAGGAAAACAAGUUGUUAAGCCCUAUAACCGACCGCAGAACAAUAAUAGGGGUUAG